AUGGAGAAAACUCCGACGAAGGUUGUUUCCGAACUGGGUUCUCGUUUGCUUCAACUAUCUCGUCCCAACAAGGAUUCACUGAUCAAAUCGCUACGGGAAGUCGCUACUGCUCUUUCACAAAUCGAGCAGCCUAUAGUCACUGAAACUGCGAACAAGAAGAAAGCUCUGAAACUGCUAGAAGCUGAGUUAAAACCUCUGAAUAAAUCCAUUGUAAAGCAUGGCCUUCUUAAAAACCGUGACAAUGACGUGAGUCUUUUGGUCACUGUUUGUGUCACUGAGAUUUUUCGGAUUUUGGCACCUGAGCCACCGUUUGAAGACAAGUAUCUCAGGGAUAUCUUCAAUCUCUUUCUUGCUGAGUUUUCUGAGUUGUCUGAUACUGGAAGUCCUUAUUUCUCGAAGAGGGCGAAAAUAUUGGAGACAGUCUCUCGAUGUAAAUGUUGUCUGGUAAUGCUGGAUGUGGAAUGCCAUGAUUUAAUUCAUGAGAUGUUUAACAUAUUUUUCUCUGUAGUAAGAGAACACCAUCAACAAAGUUUAAUUAACCAGAAAAAAGCUAAAACGCAGCAGCAAAAGGCUAACACGCAGCAAACACAACAAAGUUUAUUUAAUGACAUUUUAACUAUAAUGAUUGAUAUUCUGAAGGAAGAGACAAGUUCGUCACUUGUGAAUAUUAUUCUGGAAAAUCUUGUGAAGGAGGGAAAGGAUGCAACAUCUGCUGCUAAUAACCUUGCCAGUUCCUUAAUUGAGAACUGCACCGACACGCUUGAGCCGUUAAUUUGCAGCUUUUUAACAUCCUGUUUUAGGGAGAAAGAUUCCAUCCAGAGCAAUCUCAAACAUUCUUAUCACGAAAUCGUAUUUAUGAUCUCCUUAAAUGCUCCCCAGAUACUGCUAGCAGUUAUCCCGAACUUGACCCAAGAACUACUGACUGAUCAGGUCGAUGUGCGAAUAAAAGCCCUUAACUUAGCUGGAAGGAUUUUUGCACAGCCUAAGCACUGUUUCGGAGGGAUAUAUCAAGAUCUUUUUGCAGAGUUCUUAAGAAGAUUCUCAGAUAAAUCUGCAGAAGUCAGAAUGGCUGCAUUGAAAUGUGGCAAACAGUGUUACGUGGCGAAUCCAUCCGGAAAUAAAGCAUCUGGAGUUCUCACUGCUAUCCAAGAACGCCUAUUAGAUUUUGAUGAUAGGGUUAGAACACAGGCUCUGGUUGUUGCUUGUGAUAUCAUGAAGUUUAAUAUGAAGUAUGUUCCUUCGAAUCUGAUUUCUGAAGCCAAUGAGAGACUUCGAGAUAAGAAGAUAUGUGUUAGGAAGAAAGCCCUGCAGAAGCUGACAGAAGUAUAUCAAGAUUAUUGUGACAAGUGUUCACAAGGAUACAUGACAAUAAAUGAUCAUUUUGAGCAAAUCCCAUGCAAAAUCUUGCUGCUUUGCAGCGAUAAAGAUUCUGAAGAAUUCAGGUCCCAAAAUAUGGAACUUGUGCUCUCCGAUGAUCUUUUUCCUCACCUUCUUCCAGUUGAGGAGAGGAUGCGGCACUGGGUUCAAUGUUUUGCCGUUAUGAACCAUAUUCACUUGAAGUCACUCAAUUCCAUUUUAUCUCAGAAAAGAAGGUUGCAAAAUGAAUUGCGAAAUUGCCUGACCCUCUGGGGGGAAGCUAAGGAUAAGAAUGUAGAAGAAGUGCAAAGAAAACACAAGAGCUAUUUCGUAAAGCUUUCAGCUUGCUUUCCAGAUGCCUCCAAGGCAGAAGAUUUCUUUCACAAAUUAGACCAAACGAGAGACACGUCAAUAUUUGAUUCCUUAACUCUACUGCUGGAUGAACUGAGAUCCACAAAGGCCCAGAGUAUUAGAGAGAAGUUUCUCAAGACGAUUGGUACCAAACAUCAUCUUUUCGAGUUCCUGCGUGUACUUUCUACAAAAUGCUCGCCUACUAUUUUUAGCUCAGAGCAUGUCCAGUAUCUUCUGAAUGAGCUUUGUAGCAGCAGCUCUAUUAACACGCAAUUAAAGGCUCCUUCCAUCAAGCUUCUUCUGGUCAUCCUCAACAUGUUCCCUUCUUACCUGAGAGGUUCAGAAGAACAGUUUCUGAAGCUGCUAAAGGAGAAUGAUUAUGUUGCUGACAAGCUAACUGAGGCUUUAUCAAAGGCAGCUCCUUAUAUUUCUGUCAACUUCGGUGACUAUUACCCUGUUCUGGAGAAGAUGUGUCUGGAGGGUACUCGUUCUCAGGCAAAAUAUGCUGUUUCUGCCAUCGCUUCAUUGGCUGGAUCAUCUGACAAAUUUGUCUUUUCCGAGUUAUGCGAGAUGCUCAUAGAUUCUUUGCUGGGUGGGCGGAACAUUCCAACAACUUUGCAAUCUUUGGCGUGUGUUGGACAAUAUUCUGUUUCGGCAUUUGACAAUAUAUAUGAAGAUAUAAGCAGCUACGUAUACCAGGUUUUCCAAGCAGAACCAUCUGACAGUCAGCCUCCUUGUGAUCAGUCUUCUGGUUCCUGUGACUCUUGCAAGCUAAAGAUAUAUGGGCUCAAAACACUCGUGAAAAGUUUCUUGCCUCGUCAUGGUCAAGUCGUAAGGAAAAUCGAUGACUUGUUGAACAUUUUGAAGAAAACACUAAAAUCACAAGGAUUCGAUGGCAUCAAAUCAUGCACUGACACGGGGGCUAAUGUUAGACUGGCUGCUGCUAGAGCUGUUCUAUUGCUUUCAAGGAAAUGGGACCUUCAUAUUUCUCCUGAACUUUUCCGUCUUACCAUCUUGAUGGGAAAGGAAUCCAACGCCUUUAUUACCAGGACUUUUCUCACCAAAUUGCACAAGCUAUUGACGGAACAUAUGAUACCCAGUAGAUAUGCAUGUGCUUUUUCUUUUUCCGCGUCUGGUCCAUGCAGAGAUCUGCAAAAUCAUUCAUUUAGAUACAUCAAUGAAUUCAUCAGAAAUGCUACAAGACAAGCUCGGGCAUAUCGGGAGAUAGAUCAAAGGGAAUCACUCACUGAUUGUCCAGCUUACAUGAUAGUGUUCCUGAUUCAUGUUCUUGCACAUGACCCAGAGUUCCCUUCAGAAGACUGCAGGGAUGAGCAUGUUUACGCUCGAUUUUGCGGCCCUCUUUUAUCGGUCUUACAGGUGCUACUUAGUAACAAGGAAAUUGUCCCUUUCUUGCUUUGUAUCUUCCGUGCAAUGAAAAGAGCUGAGGAUGCUGUGAAAGCUUCUAAAACUCCUAGGCUGCAUAUUCUAGCUGAUAUUGGUUACUCAGCUGUCAACACAUUAAAUUGUACUGCUGUCACUUCUCCACAAGCUCCACGAUCAAUUUUGCUACCAUCAUCGUUGUACAAAUUAAGCCCAACUAGCAUGUCAGAUAACCAGAAUAAGGCCAAGCCUCAUACCCGAAAUGCUUUGGAACAAAGUUUCGUUGAAAGAGUAGUUCAUAUAUUCCAAUCACAAAUCUCCCUGCAUGAUCAGAGGUGUCAAGCAAAAACCCCAGCAGUUGAUUCGGAGGAUAGAGAUUUACCUUCAUUAUUGGGCAAUCAAAUCGAAGCUUCAAUGACUGGUUCAACCGAAGCCAGCAAGAACAACAUGAUGUGUAGCAGGAAGCGGGGUCAUUUGGGAUUGCUUGAAAAAAGUACUAGUUCCAGAGCAAAUAAGAAUGAUUAUUCAAAAAAGUGUAAAACAGCAGAGGGGGCAGAACAUAUUUCUCGUAAUUCCUUAUCUUUGAGAACAGUUGAGUCGCAAAUUCCUAUAAAGAAGCUAGAAAGACACAGUACUUGUUCAAAGGAGAGUGCUGGAGCAAGUGUAAGCAAUAACGUUACAUCUGCAAAACACUCCAGGGUAGUGUCUGCUUUAAAGGAUAUCAGUAACCACGGUGAAGCAAUCAUUGGGCAGCGGAUUAAAUUACUCUCUCCCACUGAUGGAUGUUUCUAUCCGGGCACUGUUGAGAGGUUUAAUUCUAAAAGCAACUCUCACAAGAUUGCUUUUGAUAAUGGGGAUGUCGAAUUGGUUUGCUUGGACAGCGAGAGCUGGGAGACUCUAAGUCAUGAAUCCUUGGGGCAACAGGAAAUGUUGGGAAAGGAGACAGAAUCUUUUGGUUCUCGGAAUUGUGUCGCUGAAAUUACCCAUACACAUGCAAAGACUAACGCCUCAAAGCAGAAAACUACAGCAAAGCAGCAGAACAAAAAAUUGCCUACCAAAUUGAAUCGUCCUGCUGCAAACUCAGUGAAAGGGAAUUUGGUUUCAGGAGAAGGAGCAUCAGUUUCAGAAGUGACCAACACAAGUGACAACAUUGGACUAAGAAGAAGUCGGAGACAGAAAAUUGCUUAA